AUGGCAGUCCCCGAGACGGAUCCUGCAGUCUACGCCGAGUAUCAGACCAAAUGGUCUGAGCUUCCAAGCACCGAAGAUGCAUGGCUUGUCAGAGCCGAGGAAGUCGCCAAAGUGCUGGCUCAAGAUGCUGCCCAGAGAGAUCAAGAGAACAAGUCCCCGCGGGCGGAGAUUGCCUUGCUCAAACAUUCCGGCCUUUUGAAACUGCUCGGUCCGAAGAAGUAUGGAGGUGGGGAACAACCCUGGAGUGUGGGAUAUAAGGCUAUCAGAGAGGUGGCAAAGGCCGAUGGAUCGAUCGGUAUGCUGCUUGGUUACCAUCUCCUCUGGUCAACCACCGCCAAUGUAGUCGGCACCGCCGAACAAGCCGAUAGAACCCACCAGCUGAUCAUUACAAACAACUACUUCGUCGGGGGUGCGGUCAACCCCCGUGACAGUGAUUUGAAGAUCACUGCGGACGGAGAUGACAUUGUGUUCAGUGGACAGAAGUUCUUCAACACCGGUGGUGUCGUGUCAGACCUGACCGUCCUAGAAGGGGUUCUGGACGGCACCCAAGACCAUAUCUUUGCCCUGGUCAAGACCCGGCAGCCCGGGAUCCAGUUUGCAUAUAACUGGCACAACAUCGGGUUGCGUUUGACAGAGUCCGGAGGCGUCAAGAUCGACCAGGUCCGCGCUCCAUGGACAGACGCAUUAGGAUGGGAUCCAUUGACCAAGCAGCCGCGCGAAGAUACCUUGAAGAUUGCAUUCCCGACCUUGCUUCUACCAACCAUCCAACUGGUCUUCAGCAACUUCUAUCUGGGCAUUGCCCUCGGCGCAUUAGAAUUCGCCUCCCAGUAUACCACCACCGCGACCCGCGCGUGGCCCUUUGGAGGCGACAACAAAGAGUCGGCAACCGAUGAGUUCUACAUCUUGGAGCGAUACGGGAAUUUCUUCGCCCACCUUCGCGCAGCGGAGGCCCUCGCUGAUCGAGCCGGUGAUCGGCUUUCGGAAUUGUAUACUCGCUUUUCGUCCGAUAAGGCGGCUCUCACACCCCGCGAUCGUGGAGAGGUGGCCGAGUGGGUGGCUAGUGUGAAGAUCGUCACCACUGAUGUGGGAUUGCGCGUGACUUCAGGGGUCUUUGAGGUGACUGGAGCCCGCGCUACUGCCUCCAAGGUAGGCUUGGAUCGAUUCUGGCGAGACAUCAGGGUCCAUACCCUUCACGACCCGGUGGCUUACAAGAACCGGGAAGUGGGGCGAUAUGCUCUGCUGGAUGAAGUGCCGGAGGCUAGUUGGUAUACCUAG